GUUGAAGAAGAUAAGGGAAGGUGGAAAAUGGAGAAGUACUUUGGGAAUGCGUAUAGAGGAGACCCGGGGGUCCCACACGCCGACCCGGAGAGGUUCGUGAACAUAUGGAUCGGGUCGGCUGCCUUCUCUGUGAUGACCUUGUUCAAUCCCUACAUUUGGCAGCUCAACCAUCAGUUCAAUUGGCAUGACAAGGCAAUGCUGUUUGAGCAGCAUCACUGGAGGAGGGCAAAGAAGAAAAAGCAGCCCUAUAAGUUUAUGUGGAAUGAGUGCAUGGACAGGGAGGACAGAGAUGCCUACUAUCUCAACUGGCCGAUUUAUUUCCCUUAGCUGUUUCUGGGGAUGAUCUUGUUUAUGGUAUUUUCACUGUUAUGUCAUUUUGCUGAGCUGAAACUGUUGUAGACUGAAGGUGGUAUGGUUUUUCAUGCUUUUGUUGUACUGGAAAGCUUAAAUCUAAUCUGAUCAUUUUCAGUUGUCUUUGAAUUUUA